CAGGAUAAGCAUCGAUUGACUGGCGAACGUACUUUUCACAGAGACAGAUCCAGAUUCCAUCUUCCUCUUUCGUCGCGUGUCCGAGCGCGGACUCCUAAUUCUGAAGGCUGCGGACAUCUCGAGCAGCAUGCUGUCUGAACCUGGUCCGAUUGGACAGACUGUCGAGGGUGCUGUACGAUCUUGAUUUCUCAAACUUGCCCGUGUGCAAUUGUUCUGUGUUCGGAAUUACAACCUGUUCCUAGCGCUUGUCUGCACAGCGCGCAUAAUUCGUACGCACAAUCCGUGGUCCUUCGCCUGGGUGCUGAGGUUCUUCUCAUCAUGCACUGAUUUCUGCAUCAGUUCCCCGUCGGUGAAACGUUUGUGGUGUGUUUACGUGCUGGAGCAGUGGAGGAAUUCGGGUGCAAGGAAUUCUGAACAGCGGAUGAAGUUCCACCGAUGGAGAGUGGCGGAAGACCGGAACGAUGAGUUCGCGAGUUUGUUUGACAGUGGCCAGGCCUCUGGAGUGCAUGCCAUCCAGCUCUGCUUUCGCGGACACAAGAGAAGGGCGUCCCUACGAGGCCAAAAGACCAGAAUUGAGUCGAUUUUCCCAUUGCGUGCUUUGACUUCUGAAGAUCGUCAUUCUACCCGCACCAAAGAAAAGACCUACGGCUGCAGCUGAUUCUUGAUGUUGAUCAAAAUAGAUAUCGAAGUCAUGAUGGACUUCUGUGAGCCUCCUUCCUGUUUAUAAUGCCAGAGCCCGUGUUGCAGUGGCAACGAGCGCCAGAAGACUCUGCUGUUCGGGUUAGCAAGAGUACCUGCUGAAUCGCUCCAGAGUCAGUGAGCGCGCCGUGGCCCAUGGCAACAGGAGCCUCUGUUCCCUCUUCGUCCACUUUGGCAUUAUUAUAAUUGUUGGGGUUUAUUAAUAGCUGAAUUUAUGACAUUAGGAAUCUAUCUAUUUUCUCGAUUAGAGAUCGGUGCUUCCCUGGCAACGGAAAUGUGGAGCUUUAUGUCCUUCACUUCGAGAAGAAAAGUGGAGAGUGAUAGCAGCGAGAGCAGUGAGACCUUGUCGAGGGAAGAUGCUGAAGAAGACAUUGCGAGUAGCUCGGAGGAUACUUUUGAAGACUGCAGUGAAGAGCCAGAGGUUUGCUCGUCGGCAGAUUGCACCGCUGAGAAUGUUGGAUUGGCCAACCUCUCAAUAUAUCCACCUCUGUCCAGCAUAGCGUCACAAGCUGUGUCUAUGGACAGGGAAUGUCCGGCUGGACUUGCUCUCUCCUCUCUCGGCAACUUCAGUCCAGAAUCGUAUGCGUCGCCGGCCAAGCGGAUUAAGAGUUACAAUGAUGCGAGGGGACACUCUCCCGCAGGUGUGCUUACACAGGCCGCCAUCAGCUGGGCAAGCUCACCGGACACGCACUCUUGGCACGGUGGACCGAAUUCCUCAGUCGAGAGAGUGGAACCCGGAUUUGCGUCAGCUCCCAUGAAUCAGAAUUGCCAAGUGGCCGAGCGGUCUCCGUUUCAUGUGACGCAGCACGGCUGUAGGAGUCGGAAUACCUCUCCGCAAGAGCCUCCUUACCCACGAAUUCAAGACACCCACGGUCGCAAUUUGAAUCAAUGCAACUCAAAGCAUCCAUCAGGUGGAUUGUCUACGAAUCACAGCUCGAAUGUAGGCCCUGUACGGUCUUUGAAGGGUUCACUUCCAGCUGACAGGCACACCUUCUUGAAUGGGGUUCACCGCGACGGUAUUGCAAAUGCUUCCAGUGACAUUCUUCUACCAGGGGCACGUGAUGGAAAUUACGGUUCAAAUGGCCCCACUAUGCAGUUUGGAAUUUCACAAGUGCGCUCCAAUUCGAGCUUAUCUGCCGACAUUCACUACGAGCUAAGGGAUGGCACUUCUGUUAGUUCUGGAGUUCCAAAGAGGGCGGUGAAGACGGUAGCCGGUCCAAUUGGAAGCGCAAGCUAUCUGUUCAGUCCAGGCUCGAAUUUGCCCAGGAAAUACGCUCCAAGUACGGGCUAUUGUGUCCAAGAAACCAUCAACGAAAACGCAGCACCAUGCGUUCUAUCUUCCUUUCCGCGUAAUUCGUCUGAAAAGAGCGAGCCCGUUUCAUCGACAGGGUUGCUCGGGGACGAUCGGUUUGUAAGAUCUAUGUAUGGAAUGGAGUCCGUCUCUCCCCCGGAGCCUGGAAAGUACACACAGUGCGGAAGAAGAAGUGUGGGGGCCGGAGUACUACACGGUGUCAAAAUGCCUUGGAGCUCCUUAGAUGAGCUCAUCGAUCAGAGCUUAGAAGAGGAAUUCAGGCCGGAGAAUCACGCCCCUCAAGUUGUAUUAGGCAUGGGUGCAAUCUUAUAUUGGCAGAUCUCAAGAGAUUUUCAAGAGUCAUCUCCUGAAUUCGAGGUGCUCCUGUUGCCGUGAUGCCUGUUUCUGAAGCUUUUCCCGAACAUCUGGUAUCUGGUAAUCUAAGAACGUGAGUUCCAUCUUUAUACACUAGAUUAUAGAACUAUUAAGUGACAGAUAGCAGCCAAGGCCCCACAUUCUUCUAACUUUGUUGGAUCCACGAUAUCGUGACUGCUGCACUCCCGCUUGUGUGCAGAGACUUCAGGAGUUCCGACCCUUGAUGCAUUUGUCAAACCAAGUUUUCAAGAACCUUUUCAAAAACGUAUGGAUGAACCAAUUCUUGACGACAGAAAGGACCUCCCAGGCUCAUCAGUGGAGUGGCCACAGCUAACAGAACACUUGCAUUAUCUCGGAACUCUUGAUUUCUCGACGCAAGUCUUUCCAAUACUGACAAGUUUGAGAGGAAAGCCUCUAGAAAAGGCAUUCACUUUGGAUGAGCUUCGCUCUAUAGGUACCCAACCGAAAGAAGGAGUCUGUCAGUAUCUUUGGUACAUGGAUGGGUUGAAAGGCUGGAGCACUCCAGGUGUCCCACCAAAAAGAUUUCAGCCGGAUACAAGCAACUACACUUGUCGAAUCAAACCAACGGGACAAAUUUUAUUUGAGCUAGUCGAUGAGAAAAAACAGGCGAAGUCCCUAGUUCACCGCACGCUUGGUUUUGACAAAGUGCUCAAAGUAGCGUUUGAGGCGGAAGUGGAAGAUGGGAAGAGAGUCCCACUUAGUCAAGACCAGUACUCUAUGUAUUGCCGGCUCGCGAAGAAUGGUAUCUUCGUCGGUUGUAGACGAUAUCAAUACUUUGCCCACAAAGCUUCAGAUAAAUUUGAGAAGAAAAUGGAAGGUAAUGUGAAAUGCUUCUUCGUUUGCACCGAUUCAAGGGGAGAGGUGGAUCUAAGGAACCCAUACUUCAGACGGUUCAACUCCAUAGCUGAAGCACGGACCUUGUUCAUGCACAUCCACCAAACUGAAAGCAUAGCGAAGUUUAUCGCCAGAAUGCAGCUUAUCCUAUCAAAGACAAUGACCAUUGAUCUGGAUUGGACGAAAGUCGUGGUUAGAGAAAAAAUGGAUUUGCAAUGCCAGGACGGGAUAUCCACCGACGGUACGGGAUUUAUAUCAACAAAUCUGGCUCGAAUUAUCCCUACCAGUAUCUUGAACGGAAGGCAAAAGACAGAGCCUGAUAGAAAUGAGGACUAUCCCUCACUGAGCCAAGUCCGAGUCCUUUAUGAAGGUGCUGCUUAUAAAGGAACACUUCUCGCAAGUGAAGCUUUACCUCCAAACACCAUCAAACUGUAUAAGUCCAUGAAAAAAGUGGGGCGUGAUGAUGAAGUUCUACUUCCUUCAGUCAAAUCGCUUGAAAUUGUCAGUACAAGCCAGAAACCAAGGAAGUUGCAAGGCGUUUAUACCGCGAAACUUUCCCGAGACCUCAUAAUACUGCUCACAACAUGCGGGGUCCCUGGAUCCUUUUUCAUUGACCUUGUGAAAGCUGCCAUAGAAGACAAUCAUUUGAUCUUUUCAGAUUACAAUGUUGCCAUGAACGAGGUGCUUGAAUGGGAAACCGAGAAAACAGAGAUUCUUUUGAUGAUGAUAAAUGCUCGUAUUCCCCUUACCGAGCCCUUCUUACAUAGAAGUCUUCUGGACAUCGUAAAACGGAAACUGGAAGAUUUUACGACAGGAAAAGUUAAUCUUCCAGAGUCAUUUUACUUGAUGGGAACAGCAGAUCCGACUGGGACUUUGAAGAGGAAUCAAGUGGCUAUCGUCUUGUCAGAUGGUCCUGUGUACUGUCCGAAACUUCUCGUGUACAGAGCUCCUGGAAAACACCCUGGUGAUAUUCAUGUUUUUGAAGCCACAUGCAAUUCGGUUCUCCAGAAAGUAAUCGGAAGUGGGAAGUAUGUUAUUUAUUUCUCGACACAGGGUCCUCGGCCGAUUGCCGAAGAGAUCGGAAAAGGCGACCUUGAUGGUGAUCGUUACUGGGUUUGCAAGAAUACUCAGUUGGUUUCUUUAUUCAAGGAGUAUCCAUCUAGGUGGGCAAAGCUUCCUAGUACGACUGUUCCUAAGAUGCUUAAACCAGCAGACCUGUUACCGGAUGAACUCGAAGAAACACUUUUCAAAGAGUACAUGAAAGCCCGUUUUAGUUCGACGUCCCUAGUCGGAAAAAUAGCCAACUUGUGGCUCAAGCACAUGGACCAGUUUCUGCAUUCAGAUACUGCCGACAAGAAGGCUCUGCAUUUUGGCGCGGCGAUGAAGUUUACACCGGUGUAUUAUAACGCUUUGGAUGCGUCAAAAGCCGGAUACACUGUGGACUUUCCCAAGGGGAACUUGCCGUGUCCCAGAACCCCUCACUAUAUGAACGUUCCUGGAGAAAAAAUGUACCACUCAAAGUCAAUUGCAGGUCAAAUUUACGACCUGGCCAAAUCGCAAGAGCUCAUGUCUUCUCCCAGCUAUGAAAACUUCGAGCUUGAUGAAGCCUUUGUGGUAGAGAAUUAUGAACAACAUUAUCAAGUCUGGGCGAAGCACUUCAGAUCAUACAAGCCAGAAAUGAGUAAGAUGGUAUCAGCCAGUCACCUUGGAAAAGAAGGGACGGACAGACCGUCUUCAGAUCAAAUCUACCUCAAGUACAGGAAGAUAUUGUAUGGAGGUGCCUCGUCGUAUAAGGACUGCAGGAGGCUAGGUCUGAAGGACCCGCACCAAGUACUGGAGGAAGCCUCUGCAAUCUAUGCAGUGGUGUACGCAUCAGCUGUAGAGAAACUCGAUAGAGAGGCACCCAGGCUUUCUUUCGUAUGGAAUGUCGCAGGAGAAGCUCUCUGUUCAUUAUACGCAGAGAAACAACCGGGUAAGCCUAGCUUCAUGUCCACAGAGGGAUUGAAAGAAUAUCACAGAAAUUCAAAGAGAAGAGAGGCAUCUCUUGUCAAGAGGCUGUUUCCGUAGGCUUGAACUUCCACCCAAUGAGCCAUAACAUUUUCUAGUGUCUAUGCCUGGGAAUACAUCUGUAUACCAUGCAACAACACACUAGGACUUGUGUAGUACACAGGUCGGGCAGGAUCCUCUUCUCAGAAGCGAAUGGCUGCUUCUGGGACGUCGUCUGAAGGUGUUGAGCUAGCAAGGAAAUCUGUAUUUUAGUAUUAGUCUAGGCCUCUUUUUCCAACGCCUUUGUUGACGGGUGAGAGCCACGAUGGAGUGUGCUUUAGUCGAUUACUGACAGAUGAGGAAAUGAUUUUUGUUCCCUCUUUUGUAACUUAAUCUCAGCAUUUCUUCACAGCAUUUCUCUGUUAGGAAAUGCGGAGAGGGUUUAACACCAACAACAUCCUGUACACAAUGUUUUAAAUAUAUCAAAACAAAUCAAGUCCGUAA